GUGCGCCCCCCGGGCCAUGGCGCACGUGGAGACGGCGGCUCCGAGCGCCUGCCUGGGCCGCCUGUGAGCCGGGGACCGGAGGAGGGAGCGGCGCGGCGCGGCGGGCACGAUGCCUUUCCUUCCGGAGGCGGGGGCGGCGGGGCGCGCAGUGGCCCUGGCCCUGGUGCUGCUGUUCCUCGCCGUGUCAGCGGGCGCCAGCGCCCUCUUCCGCCUGCAGCCCGGCAUGCCCAACGUGUGUGCGGAGCGGGAGCUGACCCUGGUGGGCCGUCGCCAGCCCUGCGUGCAGGCCUUCAGCCGCAUGGUGCCCGUGUGGAGGCCGGGCUGCGGGCGGCGGGACUGGUGUGUCGGCCACAAACGCAGAACUGUCUACUACACGGGCUACAGGCAGGUGUACGCCACGGAGGCCCAGACCGUGUUGCGGUGCUGCCCGGGGUGGAACCAGCAGCCCGGAGACCAGGGCUGCCUCUCCUCCCAGUGCAGCCCCGGCCUCUGCUUUAACGGCGGCCAGUGCGUGCCCGACUCGGCCCAGCUGUGCCACUGUCCCCGCGGCUUCCACGGUCCCCGCUGUCAGCACGACAUGAACGAGUGUGCCACUGGCAAUGGGGGCUGUGAGGGCCAGUGUCGCAACGCCCUGGGUGGCUUCUACUGCCGCUGCCCCCCCGGCCACCAGCUGCAGGGAGAUGGCAAGACCUGCCAAGACGUGGACGAGUGCCAGGUGCACAACGGUGGCUGCCAGCACAGGUGUGUGAACACGCCAGGCUCCUACCUCUGUGAGUGCAAGCCCGGCUUCCGGCUCCACGCGGACGGCAGGACCUGCCUGGCCAUCAACUCCUGCGCCGUGGGCAAUGGCGGCUGCCAACACAACUGUGUUCAGCUCACGGUGACCCAGCACCGCUGCCAGUGCCGGCCCGAGUUCCAGCUCCAGGAGGAUGGCAAGCGCUGCAUCCGGAGGAACCCGUGUGCGGAUCAGAAUGGCGGCUGCAUGCACACGUGCCGGGCGCUCCGGGGCCUUGCCCGCUGCGAGUGCCACACAGGAUACCGGCUGGCAGCGGACCGCAAGGCCUGCGAAGAUGUGGAUGAAUGUGCCACAGGCCUGGCCCAGUGUGCCCACGGCUGCCUCAACACUCAUGGGUCCUUUAAGUGUGUAUGCAACGCAGGCUACGAGCUGGGUGCUGAUGGCCGGCAGUGCUACCGGAUCGAGAUGGAGAUAGUGAACAGCUGCGAGGCGGACAACGGCGGCUGCUCCCACAGCUGCAGCCACAGCAGCACAGGGCCUGUGUGCACCUGCCCCCGCGGCUACGAGCUGGACGAGGACCGGAGGACGUGCAUUGAUGUCGAUGACUGUGCCGAUUCCCCGUGCUGCCAGCAGGUUUGCACCAAUAGCCCUGGCGGCUACGAGUGCAGCUGCUAUGCCGGCUACCAGCUUGGCGCCGAUGGCUGCGGCUGUGAGGACGUGGACGAGUGCACCUCCGGCCGUGGCGGCUGUGAGCACCGCUGCACGAACCUGGCCGGCUCCUUUCAGUGCUCCUGCGAGGAUGGCUACCUGCUGGGCGAGGACCGCCGGGGCUGCAGCCCCCUGGAGAUGCCCGAGGUGGGCCUGGACGGCCACCUGCCCCUGGUGCAGCCCCUCCCGCACAUAGCAGUGCUCCAGGACGAGCUGCCCCACCUCUUCCAAGAUGACCACGUCGGGGCCGAGAAGGAGGCGGCGCGGGGCGAACACACGCUGCAAGAGAAGUUUGUCUGCCUGGACGAUUCCUUUGGCCCAGAUUGCAGCUUGACCUGCGCUGACUGCAGGAACGGGGGGACCUGCCUCCCCAGCCUGCGUGGCUGUGACUGCCCCGACGGCUGGACCGGGCUCAUCUGCAAUGAAGCUUGUCCCCCAGACACCUUCGGGAAGAACUGCAGCUUCUCCUGCAGCUGUCAGAACGGCGGGACCUGCGACCCUGUGACGGGGGCCUGCCGCUGCCCUCCGGGUGUCAGUGGAGCCCGCUGUGAGGACGGCUGCCCCAGAGGCUUCUACGGCAAGCACUGCGCUAAGAAGUGUCACUGUGCCAACCGGGGCCGCUGCCACCGCCUCUACGGGGCCUGCCUCUGCGACCCGGGGCUCUACGGCCGCUUCUGCCACCUGGCCUGCCCACCGUGGGCCUUCGGGCCGGGCUGCUCGGAGGAGUGCCAGUGUGAGCAGCAGAACACGCACGCGUGUGACAGGAGGGACGGCAGCUGCGCCUGCAAGGCGGGCUUCGGGGGCGAGCGGUGCCAGGACGAGUGCCAGCCGGGCUUCUUUGGGCCAGGCUGCCGGCAGGCGUGCACCUGCCCCCCGGGCGUGGCCUGUGACCCCGUCAGCGGCCAGUGUGGGAAGCAGUGUCCUGCCGGCUACCAGGGGGAGGACUGCAGCCAAGAGUGCCCGGCCGGGACGUUCGGCAGGAACUGCUCAGGCUCCUGCUCCUGCGACGGCGCCCCCUGCGACCUGGUCACGGGGCGGUGCCUGUGCCCUCCUGGGAGGACCAGGGCUGACUGUGGGGCAGAUUGUCCCGAGGGUCGCUGGGGGCUCGGCUGCCAGGAGAUCUGUCCGGCGUGCGAGCACGGUGCCUCCUGUGAGCCUGAGACCGGAGCCUGCCUGUGCCGCCCCGGCUUCACGGGCAGCCGCUGCCAGGACACUUGCCCAGCAGGCUGGUUUGGGCCCAGCUGCCAGAUGCGAUGCUCCUGCGUCAACGAUGGGCUCUGCCACCCGGUGACUGGCCACUGCAGCUGCGCCCCGGGGUGGACCGGCCUCAGCUGCCAGAGAGCCUGUGACAGCGGCCACUGGGGACCCGACUGCAGCCACACCUGCAACUGCAGCGCAGGCCACGGGAGCUGCGACGCCAUCAGCGGCCUGUGUCUGUGUGAGGCCGGCUAUGUGGGCCUGUGGUGCGAGCAGCGGUGUCCCCAGGGCUACUUCGGGCCGGGCUGUGGGCGGCAGUGCCAGUGUGAGCACGGGGCAGCCUGUGACCAUGUCAGUGGGGCCUGCACCUGCCCGGCCGGCUGGAGGGGAACCUUCUGUGAGCGCGCCUGCCCUGCCGGCUUCUUCGGAGUGGACUGCCACCGCGCCUGUGACUGCAGCAGCGGGGUGCCCUGCGACGCCGUAAACGGCUCCUGCCUCUGCCCUCCUGGCCGCCGGGGUCCCCGCUGUGCCCAGACCUGCCCAGCCCACACGUACGGCCACAACUGCAGCCAGGCCUGCUCCUGCUUUAAUGGGGCCUCCUGUGAUCCUGUCCACGGGCAGUGUCGCUGUGGCCCUGGCUGGAUGGGGCCCACCUGCCUACAGGCCUGCCCCGUGGGCCUCUACGGCAAGGACUGCCAGCACUCCUGCCUCUGCCGGAACCGGGGCACCUGUGACCCUGUCUCAGGCCACUGCACCUGCCCCGAGGGCUGGGCUGGGCUGGCCUGUGAGGAGGCCUCUGCAGAGUGCCCCCCGGGGUUCUCCGGCGCCGGCUGCCAGCACGUCUGCGGGUGCCUCCACGGCGGCCUCUGUGACCGGCACACAGGCCACUGCCGCUGCCCGGCCGGCUGGACCGGGGAUGAGUGCCAGAGCCCCUGCCCGCCCGGCUGGUUUGGAGAGGCCUGUGCCCAGCGCUGCCAGUGCCCACCCGGCGUUGCCUGCCACCACGUCACCGGAGAGUGUCACUGUCCCCCAGGCUUCACUGGGCCCGGCUGUGAGCAGGGGUGCCCGCCCGGGCGGUUCGGGCCCGGCUGUGAGCAGCUGUGUGGGUGUCUCAACGGGGGCUCCUGUGACGCGGCCACAGGGGCCUGCCACUGCCCACCUGGGUUCCUCGGAACGGACUGCAGCCUCGCCUGUCCACACGGCCGCUUUGGCCCCCGCUGUGCCCACGUGUGCAGUUGUGGGCAGGGGGCGGCUUGUGACCCCGUGACCGGCACCUGCUCCUGCCCCCCCGGGAGGACCGGCGUCCACUGUGAGCACGGUUGCCCCCAGAACCGGUUUGGUGUGAACUGUGAGCACAUGUGCUCCUGCAGGAACGGGGGCCUGUGCCACGCCGCCAGCGGCAGCUGCUCCUGCGGCCUGGGCUGGACCGGGCUGCACUGCGAGCUGGCCUGCCCCGCUGGGCGCUAUGGUGCCGCCUGCCGCCUGGAAUGCUCCUGCCGCAACCACGGCACCUGUGAGCCCUCGUCGGGCGCCUGCCACUGCGGCCCCGGCUUCUAUGGCCAGGCCUGCGAGCACCCCUGUCCCACUGGCUUCCACGGGGCUGGCUGCCGGGGGACGUGCGAGUGUCAGCACGGCGCCCCCUGCGACCCCGUCAGUGGCAGGUGCCUCUGCCCUGCCGGCUUCCGCGGCCAGUUCUGCGAGAAGGGGUGUGAGCCGGGCUCAUUUGGAGAAGGCUGCAACCAGCAGUGUGACUGCGAGGAUGGGGUGCCCUGCGACCCUGUCACCGGCCACUGCCUAUGCCCCCCGGGGCUCAUGGGGGCCACCUGUGACCUGGCCUGCAGAAGCGGCUUCUUCGGACCAGGCUGUGCCUUGCGCUGCUCCUGCAGGGGUGGGGCUGACUGCGACGCUGUCAGUGGGCAGUGCCACUGCGUGGACGGCUACAUGGGGCCCAUGUGCCAGCAGGGUGGGCCCUCCCAGUUCCCCGAGACCCCAUCCGCAGCCCUGGGCCCAGUGGCUUCACAGUCAGCCUCCCACCGCCCCAGUCUCAGCAGCAGCAGCGCAGAGAAGCAGUAGCUCAGGGGCAGCGCCCGCCGAGCCUGUCUCCCAGGGGCCGCUGAGAGGACCCAGGGGCCUUGGUGACCACUGAGGAGGGACGCCGGGGGCCGGGACUCCUGCCCCGCCCUUGUCUCCGAGGCCUGGGGACAGUCAUGCAGCUGCAAGGAUCGUCUGGCCACGAGGAGGGAGGCCCUGCCCAGCCGCGCUCUGCAGCACCGGGGCACCGGUGCGGGGCCACAGUGUGGAGGAAGCCCCCGGCCGGCGCCCUGGGGCGGGACUGCGGGCAGGUGUGGGUGCAGGUGCGGGCGUGGGGCCCCUGCCCUCAGAGCAGGUUCUUCUGGUGCUAGGCCCGGGGACUGCUGCAGCUCAGCCUGUUUACCUGGAAACAGCUGGGCUGUAUUUAUGGAAAGGUAUUUAUGGGCAGCCAGACAUGCCCACUGCACCCCUGGGCGCUGGAGGGCUGCCCGCCUCCUGCCCAGCCCGGGAAGCCCUGACUCGGGACUGCGGGACCCUGAGGGGCCUCUGGGUGGGCGCUUCGGUACCAUGUGAAACCCAGUAAGUUAAGAAAGGAGCAGCCACUUCCUCAAGGCCUUGUGUUCACUGCUUCGUGUGGGCCCCGCGGGGUGGCCUCCUGGGCCUGCCGCCAUGAACGCGCCUGACUGCAGAGGCCCGCUUGGCCCCUGUGCCCCCUGGGGACCGGGGUGCCACACAAGCAAAGUUGGGUUUUAUCCCAGUUCCCAGUGCUCUAGAGGGGCGUGGUGCCCCGAGACCGAGGAAGCGCUGAGUCCUAGAGCCUGCGUGGGGGCAGCAUGGUCCCAAGGGGAGGAGGCCAGGGGUGCCGUUGGGGGCAGCCUGGGUGCCCCCCUACUCCUACCCUGGCCCUAUCUUCAGGGUAGAGCCAAUGGAGAGGGCUGGACCCAGAUUGUCACGCUGGACACUUAGGUCUGGGCUGUAGCCCCCUCCCCCUCCCCUCCAGCACCAGCCCAGGUAGCUGAUGCCUCUAAGGGCGAAGGAUCUCAUGGGGCAAAAUAGGGUGGGUUCUAGAAAGCCCUGUCCCCUUAGACAGCUAGUGAACAGCCAGGAGCAGAGGAAACCGAAUCAAUGGGCCACAGUGUUAAGACUCUGAGGGACAUGAGUAUAGCCCAUACCUGGAAGGGGUUGGGGAUGGUGGUGGUAACGUGAUGCAGGAAGAAGCAGAGGCCAGGAAGGACCAGGGGCAGGACUGAGCGGGAGCGUGUGGGUGCUGCAGUCGGAGGGAGGGUGGCAGGAAUCAGGCCGAACAGUGGGUUCUCCAGCUCAGGACACUCCCAGGAGGCAGCAUGGAGGCUGAGAGAGAGAAGAUACAAAGGAAAGAUCGGUAGAAAUGGGCAAGGGACGUGUUAACACCCGUGUGUCUGAAGUCCUAGAAAAAGAAGGUAAAACCCAUUGACACAAAACAGCAAGUUCUCAGGUGCAAAGCUGGAUGGUCUCAGAUGGAAAGCACUCAAAGUGCAAAUAAAACAAAGUAAAAAAGCCCUCGUCCAAAGGACUUAAAGAGUAGUAGUGGCAAGGAGAAAUGCUACAAUGCCCAGAAAAAAUAAACAGGAGUCAAGAGUAACAUCUGACUCCACAGCAGAAACACUGAAAGCGAGAAGACGAUGAUGUUGAUUUCAAAACGUUGAAGGGGAGAUGUCGAAAUUUGAAUUUCACGGCCUUGAAUC